AUGAACGCACCCUUUGCACCACCGGGCGCUGCCUGGCAGGAACAUCGUACUCCGGAUAAUCGCGUCUAUUACUACAACCCUCUGACCAAGGUCACGCAAUGGACGAAGCCUGAGGAUCUCAUGAGUCCUGCAGAGCGAGCGCUCGCAAACCAGCCAUGGAAGGAGUACACGGCCGAGGGCGGUCGUAAGUAUUGGUACAAUACUAAGACAGAGCAGAGCUCGUGGGAGAUGCCUGACGUCUACAAACGGGCUCUGGCUGGCGGCGAGGCAACCCCCACAACCCCAGCUCCCGUGGCAACGCCUCUUAGUGCCCACAGCAACAGUCAUCAUGGUAGUUUUGGGGGUGGCGACCACUACCGCGAUCAUCGUGAGCCUAUUGGUGAGUCGCGCCAACUGACCUUCGGCAACAACGUCCAGGCCCAGGCCUUCGUGCCCGCGACAAACGACCCCGAAUAUGCCACCGCCGAAGAAGCCGAAGCCGCGUUCGUCAAGCUCCUCCGCCGCAGCGGGGUACAGCCCGACUGGACCUGGGAGCAAGCGAUUCGAGCGACCGUCAAAGACCCGCAGUUCCGGGCCAUCAAGGAUCCGAGAGAGAGGAAGGCUGCUUUCGAGAAGUACUGCCAUGACGUUGUCGUCCAAGACAAAGAGCGUGCAAAGGAGAGGCUGACAAAGCUGCGUACUGAUUUCGCGACCAUGCUGCGGAGCCAUCCCGAAAUCAAGCAUUACACUCGCUGGAAGACAGCACGCCCCAUGAUCGAAGGGGAAACCAUCUUCCGUUCUACCAACGACGAGAACGAGCGGCGCCAACUCUUUGAAGAUUACGUCGUUGAUCUCAAGAAGGCCCACAAGGAGCAGCAAGUCGCGAUGCGCAAGAGCGCCAUGGAUGGUCUGAUCGAGCUGCUGCCGACCUUGAACCUGGAGCCUUAUACGCGCUGGGCCGAGGCCCAGGGCGCGAUUCAGGGCACAGCUCCCUUCCAAAAUGAUGAGAAGUACAAAUCCCUCACCAAAUACGACGUCUUGACUGUUUUCCAGAACCACGUCAAGGCGUUGGAGCGCAGGUUCAACGACUCUUUGCAGGAAGACAAGAAUAAGAAGCUUCGCCGUGAGCGCAAGGCCCGAGAUAACUUUGUGGCCCUCCUUGCCGAGCUUCGGAGAGACGGCAAGAUCAAGGCUGGGGCAAAAUGGAGUAACAUUCACCCCCUCAUCGAGCACGAGGAACGUUAUCAAGCUGUGGCUGGGCAGCCUGGUUCAACAGCCAUGGAGAUGUUCUGGGAUGUUGUCGAGGAAGAGGAGCGUGCCCUGAGGACUACCCGGAAUGAUGUCCUCGAUGCUAUGGAGGACAAACACUUUGACAUCACUCCCAAGACGGCAUUCCCAGAGUUUGAAUUAAUCCUCAAAGGUGACAAACGCACGGCUAACAUUGAACGCGACAUGAUGGAGCUCCUUUUCGAGCGGCUUCAAAAGCGAGCUAAACGCUCUGACGAAGAUAGGCAGUCCGAUCGUCAGCAGCGGCGCGCCCUAGAAGACCUCCGUUCUCACAUGAAACGGAUGGAUCCCCCUAUUGGCUUGGACGACACUUACGAGCAGGUUCGGACCCGAUUGGCUCACGUCCCCGCCUUCCAGGCUGUCAGCUCCGACGAAGCCCGACGAGGCGCCUUCGAAAAGCACGUCCGCCGCCUCAAGGAGAAGGACGACGAGGUGGAUAAGGACCGCCAGCGACGCCGCGACCGGCCGGAUGGCUAUCGUGACAGAGGUGAGCGAUCUCAUCGCAGCAGUGCCCGUUCUGUAAGGAGCCGCAGCCCCACAGAGCACAAUACGUAUGAAGCCGAGCGCCGCCAUGCGAUCGCUGAGCGCGAGCGUAACUACCGCAAGACUAGCGCAGCCGACGUCCUCCUCGCGGACCGUCGGUCUCCCGCUGGCCGGUCCCCAUCCAUCCGCGACCGCGAGCGAGACCGCGAGCGCGAGAGGGACCGGGACCGUGAGCCUGAUCGUGACCGGGAGCGUGACCGAGAUCGCGAGCGCGACCGCGAGCGCGACCGUGAUAGGCGCGAUUACCGCGAGCGCGAUCACCGAGACCGUGAGCGAGACCGUGAUAGAGACCGUGAACGCGAACGCGAACGGGACCGUGACCACCGUGACCGCGAUUACCGCGAUUACGACCGCCGUCCCCGCGCAGAGGAGGCGAAUCACUACGACCGCGAGCGUCGCACCCGCGAAGAGGACCGCGAACGCGUCUACCGGCGCCGCAUUCUCGACCGUGACGUCGACGAGCUGCCCUACGGCGAUGAGCGGCCUUCCUCGUCGUACUCGCGCACGCGGCCCCGCGGCCCCGAUGACGAACCCGACCGCCGCGACGGCAAUAGGCCUGCCGCCAAGCGCGUCAAGCUCGAGAACGGCAGUAACGGGGAGCGCAGCGUGAGUGGUGGGACGAACGACGGGCCCCCAAGCCGCGGCCAGCGGACCCCGCUCCAGACUAAGGAGAAGGAGAAAGUCCUGUCGCCGAGUGUUAGGGCCGGAAGCGAGGAGGGUGAGAUUGAGGAGGAUUAG